GUUGCGGCAGCGUAGGUGGGGCGCUUCCCCCCCCGCAUAUGAGUAUUCCAAGACUGCUUGGUGCGCAUUUUUCCUUGUCUUUGAGUUUGGGGCUUUUCUUUUACCUUUUCUGAUUGCUGCCCAGGAGGAAGUCCAGUGCAUUCCCUGCUCUCUUCCGGCCACCCCCGGCGCUCUGGAAGUACUUCUCGUUUUGUGCAGUCCCGCGGUCUCUUCCGCACUGUCUCCAGGCUACGGAUUCCGAGCAGUAAGUGACUGAGAUGAGAAGGUCAAGAUGAUUUUCUUUUGGUGCAACAGAGUACAACAAGUUCAAUAUACCUUGGGAUUAUUGUUCAAAAAAAGUUGUUCCUCUACAAAAACCCUGCCGGUGCUGACCCUGUUCACAAAGGACCUGUGUCCUCUUUGUGAUGAAGCAAAAGAAGUUCUCAAGCCAUUAAAAGACAGGUUUAUUUUGCAAGAGGUGGAUAUUACCCUUCCAGAGAAUUCGGCAUGGUAUGAUAGAUACAAGUUUGAUAUACCUGUCUUUCAUUUGAAUGGUCAGUUCUUGAUGAUGCAUCGAGUAAAUUUCUCAAAACUUGAAAAACAGCUCAGGAAACUUGAACAGCAAAGUAACUGAGGUUGACUCAUAUCAAGGUGGUUUUCCCACACUAUGAAAAUAUAAAAGUCUUCAAGAAUGUGAGCAGGAUUACCUUCUAAGAGUAAAAUGACCAAGAAGAGACAAGAUAAUUCCUCUAAUUGCUUUGUAA